AGACAUCUCGGCUCACAAGUUGAGCAGUGCAGAGAUCUGUGCUCACUCGGCCAUGGUUGAGGAGGAAGACAAGCGCGUGGUGGUGCGAGAAACCAGCUAUGAAUCGCAAUACCAAGAUCCGUGCAGCAAGAUGUCUUGCACCAGGUUUUGCUUUGAGUUUCCAGCUCAAGGUGCGCCACGCUGGACCUACAUGGGCCAAGGGCAAGGGGCCUACGUCCAGGUCUCGGAUGUGCAAUAUGUGGGCGAAGGCAACGGCGACUUGGUGCGCGAGACCCCGCGCUCGGUGCAGCUGCGACCGCACUGCCUGGCGACCUUAGUCUGCUUGGUGCUGCUCAUGCUAGGAGUGCUGCUGUGGGUCGUUUGGCAACGCAAUUUGAUGGCAAAGGACCAAUCAGACCCUUGGGAUUGCGAGAUCAGCACGGGAAUUGCGCAGCAGAGGUUUCCAGUCUGGAAGCAAACAUGGAGCCUGGAGAAGCAACGCUUCUGCUGCGAGAGAUAUGGCCGCACCUGCGAAGAAGAACGUCGUCUGAGCGAGGAGGAUCAGGUGGCGGUGGCUCAGGUGGCCGACGACGUCGUCUAUGAGUGCCAAGUCUCAGUGGCCAACUGGGAGGCAUGGCCAGAGGCCAAGAAGGAGUGGUGCUGCCGUCGGGAAGAUCUGGGAUGCGGCUUUCAGUGUUCCGAAAGCCCAGAUGCUUGGUCACCGGCAAAGACACGGUGGUGUUGCAUGCAGCAGGGCAAAGGGUGUGAGAAUCCGCCCACACAGGCGACAUCGGCCGGUGUGGUGGUUUGAGGAAUGGGACGGAGGGAGAUUCGCUUCCCAAGGGCCACGGCGGCCACCGCCACGGGCCUCUUCUGCUGUGAUGGGCUGAGAAGCCGAUCCGUCCUCACUUAGACGCUGUCUCCCCAAGGGACAUGCAGCAAGAGUCUGUUCCUUGGAAAAGGCUUCCUUGAAUUCGUUGCACGGAUUCACGGCACCACAAGCGAAAACCAAAAAGCGGAGUGGUGGGUGAGCGGUGCUUAUCUGCUCAGACACUGGUUUGUUUGUCGUUGAUGCAGC